UUCAUAACCAUCUGCAUAGACGCAACUAUACCUGUCCAGCUCGAUCCUACACGAUGUUAAUCAAAGUCAAGACCUUGACAGGAAAGGAGAUCGAGCUAGAUAUUGAUCUUGAUGACAAGAUCACUCGAAUCAAGGAGAAAGUUGAGGAGCAAUCCGGUGUCCCUCCGCCACAGCAGCGAUUGAUUUUCAGUGGCCGUCAAAUGGCUGAUGACAAGACCGCGAGGGAAUUCAAUAUUGCACCAGGAUCAGUGCUGCAUCUGGUCCUUGCUCUCCGUGGUGGGCGGUAAUUCGGGAGUCAGAACACAGUUGUAUGCUUAAUUGGUCGUCGUCGCAAUGUAUCUCAUGUCGGUGCUCUCACGCAGUCACAGUUAUUUGCAGUGUUUAUAGAAUCAAGCCUUUUAAUCGAUUCCUUUUUGAUCGUCAUGCGCUCUACAGGCCUCAGAUAUUGACCGUCUCCACUCUUCCUUCCGAUAUACUCACGUUGAGGAUCAGUUGAAGAACUUCCCUGUGUCCAUCUUUACAUUUGCUUUUAUCUGUUGUCAUGCUACUCAUCGUCUUAUGUGAGGUUGUUGAAGCGUAUGCGAUAUGAACCCCCCCAGAAAAUGGAAAGAUAUCAUAAUGCAUUGACAGAACGACAGUUUUGGCAUGAUCAGGUACAUCAAAUAUCAAGAAUUCGAAGAUUUUUCGAGUACAUAAAUCAUUUCAAUUGUGUGCGAGGUUCGGGUUCGAGAAAAAUCUAGUCAUUCAA